CAUCACAGUGUGUGUGUGUGUAGUCCGUGAGGGUGUUUGUCUGAAUUGAGCAUAAUUGUUUAGGCUAAAUUUAUCCCACCAUGGGAGACUAUUGAGUAGUGAGGGCGUGGCUGAAGCCGGGGCCGCGGCACCCCUCUGCACACACUUCAGGACAAUGGCCUCAAGCAUUGUACAUAUCACCAACAGCCAGCCACGCUCCUUCACCACCACACCAACACGGCCAUCACAACAAUGGCUGAUCUAGAGUGGAAGCCUUUUUCCUUAACGUACGUGGAGUAUCCUCAAGGGGAUACUAUAGGAAAAGUCUUGGCAAUAAGCAGCUUAGCACCAGUAGCCAUUAUUGUUGGAUUUAUUACUCUGAUUCUCUUCAGACGAGAUUUACACACAAUAAUGUUUUUUUUGGGGGCUCUGUUAAAUGAAGCAAUAAACUUGGUGCUGAAGAGCAUAAUAGCAGAGCCACGACCUAUACAGAGAGGUGGACUCUACACAGAGUAUGGGAUGCCGUCCUCUCAUUCGCAGAUGAUGUGGUUCUUUGCAGUAUACUCAGUACUCUUCUUAAUUUUCAGAUUACGUCACAUAAGUAACUCGGUCAUGGAGCUGCUGUGGAAAGUGAUGGUAGCUGUCGGCCUUGUUACUGCAGCUUUAAUUGUUAUGUAUUCCAGAGUGUACCUGCUUUACCACACAUGGAGUCAAGUGCUAUUGGGUGCACUUGUGGGUGUAUUACUUGGCUGUAGCUGGUUCACACUCACCCAUCUGGUAUUGACUCCAGUCUUCCCAGUUAUUGCAUCAUGGAGUGUUUGUGAGCGGUUUAUGAUUCGUGACACCUCUCUGAUCCCUAACAUCUUGUGGUUUGAAUAUACACAUGCACGUACAGAGAAUAGAGCUAGAAGCCGCAAACUUACGUCCAUGAAGAGUCAGUGAUUUAAUGGAUAGAAAACUGUCCAUGUGUGGACCAACAGGUUUGCUGACUUGGUGGGUAAUUGAUUAUUUUUAUGAAAAGGAGAUUUUACUAACAAAUCCUUGUAAUUUUUACAAAUAAAAAUGAUAGUAUGAAGGGUAACAUUCCUGACUGAAAUUUCAUACAACCGUGGACCAAUAGGUUUGUUGUUGAAGUGUUGAAUAGAACUUGCCAUAAAAUGAUUAACACAAAUUAAGCACAAGUUAAGGUGAAACUGGUUUUGGUGGUAAAGGAUUUUAAUCAUUUUGUUAAAUUUGUUCUAAUUCCAUUUGAAUUCAGACUAAAAUACUGAACUGUACUUCAGUUGUUACUUGAAUAAGUACAGUAUAGACUAGAAUGUUUAAACAAAGAUUUAAUUGCUUUUUUUAUUAGACAAAAGCAUUUGAUAAUAGACUCGUGUGUGUCCUUCCAUUUACAGUACUGUAUUGUACUACCAUGAAUAGACCUGUGUGUAGUGUAUUUUGUGUGUACAUUAUUUGAUCACAAGUAUAUUUAUUGCAGGUGUACCACCUCCAAGGCAACAACUCCUAGUCUCACUGUUAGUAGUUUUAAUUAAAACAGACACUAUUACUGUGAA